AGGCAUCUCCGCUCUUUUCCUUUUAUUUUUUCCUUCGCGUUUUUGCUCGAUGUCGUACAUCCCCCGUAGUCACUACCUCACCCUGCACGACACCUUGCGUCGGCUUCUCGGACCCAAUGCCCAACUGGCGGCUUUCGUCAAGGCAAAGAAGAACUUCCAGUGCGACAUGCUGGUGAACUGCGCCCAGACGGACCCAGAGACGCUGUAUCGUGAAGGCGUGGCCGCCAGCAGCUCCGCCGACAGUGAAAGGAACACUUCCAGCUCGAGUAGCAGCAGUGCCGAUCAUGAUACCGGUGCAGCGUCUUCGAUCAACUAUUCAAAGAAAGGCGUUAGCCUCGUGGCGCGUCAGCUGCAGGAGCUGCUGGGCUUCUGCGAUGUCGUCCCGCACACCCGCCGCAUCGACGUGGCCUUUCGGGACCGCACCGUCAUCCAGCUCGCUCUGGGCGCCGGCAAAGCCGAUUUACCCUUCGCCGUCGAAAAAGGCGAAGACAUCAACCAAGAGCCGGACUGGCGCAAGCGCAAUCGCCUGCGCGUCUCACUCGGCUUUGACGAGGAGCUCUUUCUUGCGGCCUGCACACGCACCAUCAACGUCGCCGCACGCACGCUCGAGAAGUCCAUGUACGAUUACUUCCGCUACUCCGCCAUGCUGCAGUUGUUUCCAGCGAUGGCGGCCGCCUACGAGGCGAGUGGGCAGGACUGGCGCGCCGUGCUGCCUCCAAUCAUCUACUGGAAGGCGCACGGCUAUGCUCUGGAAAAGGCGUACGGCUGUCGCCACUACCAGAACGCGGCCGCCACCGUCGAGCACAACUUUGCGGAGUACUACGGCGUGUUUCCGAUGGACAACCCCUUCUGCCCUGGCGAGGACCUUAACACCAUUGAGGUGGUGAGGUGGCUGUGUGAGGCUCGCAAGACGGGUGGGCUACUGACCCUCGGCACGGAGGCGUCUUUGCCGGAGGCGGCGACGAGAGAGGCGGCGCUGAGUACGCCAAGUUUUGAAGCUGCCCCGGCGGAGCCGACGCCCCAGUAA